GGGACAUUCUUAUUCUUUUGUGACACGAAGAAAGAAAAAACCAUGAACAACUUCUUCAAAUAUGUUUUUCUUAGUGGGAUAUUUCUCUUACAUUCAUUAGAAAUUUCAUUUGCUUCAAUUGUUUCAACUGGCGAUUUCAAUAAAGAUUUCUUUGUUACUUGGUCUCCUAGCCAUGUCAACACUUCUACCGAUGGUCGAUCAAGAAGCUUGAAGCUCGAUCAAGAAUCAGGUUCGGCGUUUGCUUCUAAUGACAUGUUUUUGUUCGGCCAAUUUGACAUGCAAAGCAAGUUGGUACCCGGUCACUCCGCAGGCACAGUCUUGGCAUUUUAUCUUACAUCAGAUCAACCUAAUCGAGAUGAAAUAGACUUUGAGUUCCUUGGAAAUGUACUUGAUCAACCUUACAUUCUUCAAACAAAUAUUUACGCUGAUGGUUUUGACAAUAGAGAAGAGAGGAUUCAUUUAUGGUUUGACCCCACAAAGGAUUUUCAUACGUAUUCAAUUUUAUGGAAUCUUCACCAAAUCGUCUUUAUGGUGGAUUUUGUGCCCAUAAGGACAUAUAGGAACCAUGCGGACAAAGGGGUGGCGUACCCUAGAUGGCAACCAAUGAGCAUCAAGAUGAGCCUAUGGGAAGGUAGCAAUUGGGCAACAAACGGAGGUAAAGACAAAAUUGACUGGUCAAAGGGGCCUUUCAUUGCAUCAUUUGCAAAUUACACGAUUGAUGCGUGUAUAUGGAAAGGGAAUGCAAGGUUUUGUAGAGCAAAUAGCGAAGCAAAUUGGUGGAAUAAAGAGGAGUUGAGUUCUUUAACUUGGAUGCAAAGGAGAUUGUUCAAAUGGGUUAGAAAAUAUCACUUAAUUUAUGAUUAUUGUCAAGAUUAUAAGAGAUUUGAAAAUAAUCUCCCAAAAGAAUGUUAUCUUUCAAAGUAUUGAUCCUUGUGGUGUUCUCAUUGUGAUAAAAUGUUUAUAAUAGUUAUGAUUGGUAUUCAUGGUGUUCAAAUUCUCAGCAACAGCUAAAUGCAAGAAAUAGCAAUGUACUUUCUAUUUUUCCGGUUUAUUAUAUCUUGACAUCUUUGUGCC